CUGGAAGUGUAGCUAGUUCACUACUUAAAAAUCCAGUUUCAUGAUUUACUUCAUUAAUAAAUCAUCUGAUUCGCUGUCAUGGCGCAAUAUGCAGCUUGUCCUGCGUUCCAGCUUGGAAGACCUCGAUAUGAUCAGAGUACCUUUCUUGGCCGGCUGAGACACUUUGUAGCGAUCAUCGACCCCAGCACACUCUUUGUGUCUGAGAAACGAUUGAGAGAAUGCGUCAAACUCCUGGAGGAUUUUCAACAUGGAACACUACCACCGGGAGUUACAGAUCUACAGCUAUGGGAAGCCCAAAAGGUGAAGCAGGCCAUCAUUCAUCCUGACACAGGAGAGAAGAUCUUCAUGCCUUUCCGAAUGUCAGGUUAUGUCCCAUUUGGAACACCAAUUGUUGUGGGCCUUCUUCUUCCAAAUCAGACUGUGGUAUCUACUAUUUUCUGGCAGUGGCUGAACCAAAGUCACAAUGCCUGUGUCAACUACUCAAACCGUAAUGCUACUAAGCCUACACCAACAUCCAAGUUUCUGCAAGGUUACUUCGGAGCUGUGACCAGUGCUGUCUCCCUUGCGGUGGGACUGAAUGUACUGAUUCAGAGAGCCAACAGGUUGAGUCCAGCAACCCAAAUAAUCAUACAGAGACUCAUCCCUUUCCCAGCUGUGGCCAGUGCCAACAUUUGCAAUGUGGGCCUCAUGAGGCACAAUGAGCUGUCGGAGGGCAUCGACGUGCUGGACGGAAAUGGGAACGUGGUGGGCUCCUCAAAGAUUGCUGCCAAACAUGCAAUUAUGGAAACUGCCUUUACCAGAGUGGUCCUCCCGAUGCCAAUCUUUGUCCUUCCUCCCAUCAUCAUGUCCUACCUAGAAAAACUUCCAUUCCUGCAGACGAAUCGGAGGCUGUUGCUGCCCAUCCACAGCCUGGUGUGUCUGGCUACCUUCAGCCUCUCGCUGCCCCUGGCCAUCAGCCUAUUCCCACAGAUGUCUCAGAUUGAGGUGUCUCAGCUUGAGCCUGAAAUUGCCAUGGCAACCAAUAGCAAGGUGGUGACCUACAACAAGGGACUGUGAGGACCGUCCCGGGAACAGUGACUCAACUGAGCCUCCUUUUUGAUUGGCUAUCACGGACACUCCAGUUUCCCCACUAAUGGAUUGGCGGAAGGGAAGCUGAUCCUAGAUCUGUACCUAGGGGAAGCUUCACCCAAGAGCUCUCUCUCCCAUAGCCUAAUAUGGUAACAGGUCCAGGCACUUUCUGCUGCAUUAAUAUAGUGUAACAUAUAUUAUCAUGUGCUGUCUUAACCAAUGAUUUUAAUACAACAUAUACAAAAAUGUGUUUUAUUGUCACUUACACCAGAGAGGUGCAGUGAAUUGUGUUGUUUUACAUGGUCAGCACCCCUGGAGCAUAUUAGGGUUAAGUGCCUUGCUCAAGAUCAACAUCUGCAGAUUUUUUUACCUUUCGGUUACUGGUCCAACACUCUAACCGCUAGGCUAUAUGCCACCUAUGAGGCCAAUCAGUAAUGAUUGAGGAAGUUAAGGAAAUAAUAGACUAAUAAUAUAUUAUGAUGGAACUUUAUAAUGUUAUGCCUAUACCAGCAAUUUUACAAUUGGUGGUGAUGAUCAACCCAUUUGUCUUUAACUUUAAUAUGAAAUGUGUUUUUAUUGUUCACCCAAACUGCUGUAGUUGUUUGAAUGUUUGGGGGAGGGAAUACAGUUGAAGUCGGAAGUUUACAUACACUUUAGCCAAGUACAUUUAAACUCAGUUUUUCAUAAUUCCUGACAUUUAAUCCUAGUAAAAAUUCCCUGUUUUAGGUCAGUUAAGAUCAACACUUUAUUUUAAGAAUGCGAAAUGUCAGAAUAAUAGCAGAUAAUCUUUUAUUUCUUUCAUCACAUUCCCAGGGGGUCAGAAGUUUACAUACUCAAUUAGUAUUUGGUAGCAUUGCCUUUAAAUGGUUUAACUUGGGUCAAACAUUUUGGGUAGCCUUCCACAAGCUUCCCACAAUAAGUUGGGUGAAUUUGGGCCCAUUCCUCCUGUCAGAGCUGAUGUAUCUGAGUCAGGUUUGUAGGCCUCCUUGCUUGCACAUGCUUUUUCAGUUCUGCCCACAAAUUUUCUAUAGGAUUGAGGUCAGGGCUUUGUGAUGGCCACUCCAAUAGCUUGACUUUGUUGUCCUUAAGCCAUUUUGUCACAACUUUGGAAGUAUGCUUGGGGUCAUUGUCCAUUUGGAAGACCCAUUUGCGACCAAGCUUUAACUUCCUGACUGAUGUCAUGAGAUGUUGCUUCAAUAUAUCCACAUAAAUUUCCUACCUCAUGAUGCCAUCUAUUUUGUGAAGUGCACAAGUCCCUCCUGCAGCAAAGCACCCCACAACAUGAUGCUGCCACCCCUGUGCUUCACGGUUGGGAUGGUGUUCUUCGGCUUGCAAGCCUCCCCCUUUGUCCUCCAUACAUAACGAUGGUCAUUAUGGCCAAACAGUUCUAUUUUUGUUUCAUCAGACCAGAGGACAUUUCUCCAAAAAGUACAAUCUUUGUCCCCAUGUGCAGUUGCAAACCGUAGUCUGGGUUUUUUAUGGCGGUUUUAGAGCAGUGGAUUCUUCAUUGCUGAGCGGACUUUCAGGUUAUGUCGAUUUAUAGGACUCGUUUUACUCUGGAUAUAUUUUUGUACGUGCUUUCUCCAGCAUCUUCACAAGGUCCUUUGCUGUUGUUCUGGGAUUGAUUUGAACUUUUCGCACAAAAGUACGUUCAUCUCUAGGAGUCAGAACAUGUCUCCUUCCUGAGUGGUAGGAGGGCUGUGUGGUCCCAUGGUGUUUAUACUUGCGUACUAUUGUUUGUACAGAUGAACGUGGUACCUUCAGGCGUUUGGAAAUUGCUCCCAAGGAUGAACCAGACUUGAGGAGGUCUACAAUUUAUUUUCUGAGGUCUUGGCUGAUUUCUUUUGAUUUUCCCAUGAUGUCAAGCAAAGAGGCACUGAGUUUGAAGGUAGGCCUUGAAAUGCGUCCACCAGUACAUCUCUAAUUGACUCACAUGAUGUCAAUUAGCUUAUCAGAAGCUUCUAAAGCAUGACAUCAUUUUCUGGAAUUUUCCAAGCUUUUUAAAAGCACAGUCAACUUAGUUUAUGUAAACUUCUGACUUAUAAGUGAAAUAAUCUGUCCUUAAACAAUUGUUGGAAAAAUUACUUGUGUCCUGCACAAAGUAGAUGUCCUAACUGACUUGCCAAAACUAUAGUUUGUUAACAAGAAAUUUGUGGAGUGGUUGAAAAACAAGUUUUAAUGACUCCAACCUAAGUGUAUGUAAUCUUCCAACUUCAACUAUACAUGUACUGACGUCAAACAUUUUUAGGAUUUUUCGGACUUAUUUUGUAUUUUUUAAAUCAAGAGUUUUACAAGCAUAUCAAUCAGUGUUGAGUGAUAGAUCCUGAUUGGCUGUUCAUGUCUUAUGAUGCCCCAAAUAAUGUUAAAAAUUAGGCUAGGCUACGUUACACAGUAGGCUACGCUACUCAGUAGACUAGGCUACACCCUAGUCUACGCUACACAGUGGGCUAGGCUACACAGUAGGCUACUUGAUUCUGAUAGAAAGAUUAACAAAAAGGAACCUGUUCAGAAUCAGCCUGUAGCCUCUACACCCUGCACUAGCCUCUACACCCUGUCCUAGCCUCUACACCCUGUCCUACAAGCUACUGUUGAAUCCCAGUUCUCCUCCCUAAGUGUACACCAUCAUGGAUUUAAAAGCACUGGAUUACUGUAAGUGUUGGUUGGAGGACGUUUCUGCCACUAUGAUGGAUAAUGUGCAAGUGCACGCUUCGGGAGAAGGGUGGAGAAUUGGGAUGCAGCUUAGGUCUGUUUCUUGACAAGUGCCAUUCUAGGACAUUAUAGAGGAAAGUCUGUUUGUGGACCAUGGUUGCUAAAACGUUUAUUUUAUUUUAUAUUCUACGUUUUAUAUUUUUAUACAUUCCCCUUUAAAUGAUCAUAGUAUGAGAAAUGGUACAAUACAGUAUUGACUGAUCGAAUAAGUUAAAUAACUGGUGAAUAACUUAUUUUUGCACAGUAAAAUGUUUGUGUGUAUAUAUAAUAACAUUAUUACCAGAAUAUAUUGUACUAACCAAUGUGGGUUAUCCACAUCCUCUUGUGCAUUCGGGUAGUAUUCAGACCCCUUCACAUUUUCCACAUUUUGUAAUGUUUCAGUCUUAUUCUAAAAUUUAUUAAAUUUCUUUUUCACCUCAUCAAUCUACAUACAAUACCCCCAUAAUGACGAGGCAAAAAAAUGUUUUUAGAAAUUUUGCAAGUAUAUUACAAAUAAAAACCUUAAAUACUUCCGUAAAUGUAAUAUUUUCGACCCUUUACUCAGUACAUUGUUGAAGCACCUUUGGCAGCGAUUACAGCCUCGAGUAUUCUUGGGUAUGACGCUACAAGCUUGGCACACCUGUAUUUGGGGAGUUUCUCCCAUUUUUCUCUGCAGAUCCUCAAGCUCUGUCAGGUUAGCUGGUGAGUGUCGCUGCACAGCUAUUUUCGGGUCUCUCCAGAGAUGUUCAAUCGGGUUCAAGUCCGGGCUCUGUAUGGGCCACUCAAUGACAUUCAGAGACUUGUCCCGAAGCCACUCAUUUGUUGUCUUGGCUGUAUGCUUAGGGUCAUUGUACUGUUGGAAGGUGAACAUUUUGCCCCUGUCUGAGGUCCUGAGCGCUCUGGAUCUGGUUUUCAUCAAGGAUCUCUCUGUACUUUGCUACGUUCAUCUUUCCCUCGAUCCUGACUAGUCUCCCAGUCCCUGCCGCUGAAAGACAUCCCCACAGCAUGAUGCUGCCACCACCAUGCUUCACCAUAGGGAUGGUGCCAGGUUUACUCCAGAUGUGACGCUUGGCAUUCAGGCCAAAGAGUUCAAUCUUGGUUUUAUCAGACCAGAGAAUCUUAUUUCUCAAUCUUGUUUCUCUUGUUUCUCAUGGUAUGAGAGUCUUUAGGUGCCUUUUGGCAAACUGCAAGCGGGCUGUCAUGUGCCUUUUUACAGAGUAGUGGCUUCCGCCACUGUACCAUAAAGUCCUGAUUGGUGGAGUGCUGCAAGGUUCUCCCAUAUCCACAGAAGAACUCUGGAGCUCUGUCAGAGUAACCAUCGGGUUUUUGGUCACCUCCCUGACCAAGGCCCUUUUCCUCCGAUGGCUCAGCUGCCCGGAGGCCAGCUCUAGGAAGACUCUUGGUGGUUCCAAACUGCUUCCAUUUAAGAAUGAUGGAGGCCACUAUGUUCUUGGGGACCUUCAAUGCUGCAGACAUUUUGUGGUACCCUUCCCCAGAUCUGUGCCUUGACACAAUCCUGUCUCGGAGCUCUAUGGACAAUUCCUUCGACCUCAUGGUUUGGUUUUUGCUCUGACUUGCACUGUCAACUGUGGGACCUUAUAUACGCAAGUGUGUGCCUUGUCCAAUCAAUUGAAUUUACAACAGUUGGACUAGUAGAAACAUCUCAAGGAUGAUCAAUGGAAACAGGAUGCACCUGAGAUCAAUUGAGUCUCAUAGCAAAGGAUAUGAAUUCUUAUGUAAAUGAGGUAUUUCUGUUUUUUAAAUUAUAUUUGCUAAAACAAAUCUAAAACCAGUUUUUGCUUUGUCAUUAUGGGGUAUUGUGUGUUUAUGUGUGUGUAGAUUGAGGAUUUUUUGUUGUUGUUUAAUUCCAUUUAUAAUUAGGCUGUAACAAAAUGUGGAAUGUGUCUGAAUGCGCUGUAUUUAAAGCUGGAAUUCUUAGUUGCUACAUCCAUUUUUGGACUUAAUUAUAUAUAUGCUCAUUAAUGAUUUUAAAAUAUAACCUAGAAAUGCACAAUGAGCUUAGUUCAACAGUCCAUCACAUCCCAAUAAGCGCGUUUAACUCCAAUGUUUGUAAACAAUGUAAAUGUAAACUAACACUAUCGCCUCGAAACAAGGUUAAAACUAUACUGAACAAAAAUAUGAAAGCAAGAUGCAACAAUUUCAAAGAUUUUACUGAGGCACAGUUCAUAUUAGGAAAUCAGUCAAUUUAAAUAAAUAAAUUAGGCCCUGAUCUAUGGAUUUCACAUGACUGGUAAUACAGAUAUGCAUUGGUUGGUCACAGAUACCUUAAAAAAAUGUACUGGUGUGGAUCAGAAAACCAGUCAGUUUCUGGUGUGACCACCAUUUGCCUCAUCCAGCGCAACACAUCUCUUUCACAUAGAGUUGACCAAGCUGUUGAUUGUGGCCAGUGGAAUGUUGUCUCACUCCUCUUCGAUAGCUGUGCUUCGUUGCUGGAUAUUGAAGGUAACUGGAACACACUAUUGAACAUGUCAAUCCAGGGCAUCCCAAACAUGCUCAAUGGGUAACAUGUCUGGUGAGUGUGCAGGCCAUGGAAGAACUGGGAAAUGUUCAGUUUCCAGGAAUUGUGUACAGAUUCUUGUGACAUGGGGCCGUGCAUUAUCAUGCUGAAACAUGAGGUGAUGUCGGUGGAUGAAUUGCACAACAAUGGGCCUCAGGAUCUUCUCACGGUAUCUAUGUACAUUCAAGUUGCCAUUGAUAAAAUGCAAUUGUGUUCGUUGUCAUUAGCUCAUGCCUGCCCAAACCAUAACCCCCAGCGCCAUUAUGGAGCACCCCGUUCACCAUGUUGACAUCCGCAAACCGCUCGCCCACAUGAUGCCAUACACAUGGUCUGCGGUUGUGAGGCCAGUUUGACGUACUGGACAAUUCUCUAAAACAACAUUAGAGGUGGCUUAUGGUAGAGAAAUUAACAUGACAUUCUCGGGUAACAGCUCUGGUGGACAUUCCUGCAGUCAGCAUGCCAACGGCAAUCAGUGGCUUUGUGUUGUGUGACAAACUGCACAUUUUAGAGUGUCCUUUUGUCCCCAGCACAAGGUCCACCUGUGUAAUAAUCAUGCUGUUUAAAUAGCUUCUUCCCAUGCCAAACCUGUCAGGUGGAUAGAUUAUAUUGGAAAAGGAGAAAUGCUCACUAACAAGUAUAUAUAAAAAGGAGGACAAAAAUUGAGAGAAAUACGCUUUUUGUGCGUAUGGAAAGUGUCUGAUCUUUUAUUUCAGCUCAUUAAACAUGGGACCAACACUUUACAUGUUGCAUUUAUAUUCUUGUUCAGUGUAUAAUGUUGAUAUCAUGUAUGGUCAGUCCUUUCAUCUAUAGCUCUAUGAAUUUGAGAGUGGUUACAUUUCUCCAGGCCCAUCCCUCAGCUUUUUACAGAAACGGGUGACCGCUUGCACGUUGUUAUUGUUUCAAGUAAGGACUCUAGCUUCAAUGGAUGUUCUGCUACUCAAAAUGUACUAAAUGUCAUCUAUGAUUCAAUGGUAUAUCAACAUGUUUAAUAAUAAUGUUUGAUAAAAUAUAUAACAUAUUAA